UUCGGAUCCUCAGAGGAUUGGGUAAGGCAAAUCCUGAAUAUUUGGGUAAACAGCAAGAAACCCCCCUGUACUAAAGAAGAAAGUGAUUAUGCAAAGGUGUGGGUGGAAAAACCAGAAGUGUUUCUUUUUAAACUCUCUGAAGUGCCAAAAGGGAAAAAGAGCAGGAAAAAUGGAAGUAGACCAGAAGAAACCCUAGUGCCUCCCCCACCCUAUGUACCCCCACCCCAGGAACAGGAAGUGGCAGCCCCUCCGAAUGCACCGACAGGGACAGACUCAGAUUCGGAUGGACCUGAGUAUACAGGACCAGCGACCCGAAGUCGAACCAAAAAGGGUUUAUACCCCUUAAGGGAGAUGCCUAUGGGGGGACCACAGGCAGGUAUAGGGUUUGUGUCGGUGCCCCUGAGCUCGGGAGAUGUCAGGGAAUUUAAGAAAGAAAUGGGACACCUCUUGGAGGAUCCGCUUGGGGUUGCUGAACGGGUAGACCAAUUUUUAGGGCCCAACAUGUAUACCUGGGAAGAAUUACAAUCUAUACUGAACAUUUUAUUUACGGCAGAAGAGAAAAAUAUGAUUAGAAGGGAAGGGAUGCGCAUUUGGGAUACGCAGCAUGCGCAGGGGCCGGCAGCAGACAUAAAAUGGCCAUUACAAAACCCCAAUUGGGACCAUCAAAACCCGGCCCAUAGGGUCCACAUGCAGGAUCUCAGAACGAUAAUCGUGCAAGGAAUUAGGGAAUCUGUUCCGAGAGGGCAGAAUAUUAACAAAGCCUUUAAUGAAAGACAAAAGAAGGAUGAGACCCCCACCGAAUGGCUGGAGAGACUGAGAAAGAACUUUCAGUUAUACUCAGGAAUGGAUCCGGAUGGGCAGAUGGGGCAGGCAGUACUAAAGGUACAUUUUGUUUCCAAAUCCUGGGAAGACAUCAGAAAGAAAAUACAAAAGUUGGAAGAUUGGCAAGAUAGAGGAUUAGAUGAGUUGUUAAGGGAAGCUCAGAAAGUGUACGUGAGAAGGGAAGACGAGAGAGAUAGGAGGCAGGCUCGGAUAAUGGUGGCAGCUGUGCGCGAAAGCCAGGGGUUAGAUAGGAGAUUCGAGCAGAGCAGAAGGGAACCGAGACGGAACGAACCAUCCCCAGGGAAGUGGAAAGGUCCAAGGGAAAAGCAGGAGUUAAAGGUGUGUUUUUACUGUGGGAGAAGAGGACACUUUAAGAGGGAGUGCCGGAUGCGGAUCCGAGAUGAGAAGGAGUUCAAGGAGAAUUAGGGGGGUCAGGGGCUCUACCUCUUGGGGACCCAGAAACAUCAAAGGGAGCCCUUGAUAAAAUUGAAGGUGGGUCCCCAGGGCCAGGAAGUUAUCUUCCUGGUCGACACUGGAGCUGAGAGAUCUACGCUCCAGUCGUUACCUAAAGGGUGUAAAUUAUCAAAAGAAACUGCCACGGUAGUGGGAGCAAAAGGGGAACCUUUUGAAGUUAAGAUAAUAAAGGAAGUACCGGUGGAAUCAGAUUCCAAAAUGGGUAUUGGAAACUUUUUAUUAGUACCAGAAUCAGACUAUAACCUAUUAGGUAGAGACAUGAUUGUAGAAUUAGGCAUUCAAAUUGAAGUGGUAGAACAGGAGAUUCGGAUCAAGCUGUGCCCCUUAAGAUUAGAGGAUGAGAAGAAAAUUAACCCUGAAGUAUGGUAUAGUCCUGACAGUGCCGGAAGACUGGAAAUUACUCCCUUUAAAGUAACAAUUAGAAACCCGGAGAUUCCAGUAAGAAUAAAACAGUACCCGAUGUCCUUGGAAGGGAGAAAAGGGUUGAAACCAGAGAUUGACCGACUAAUCAGUCAAGGAUUGUUGGAACCUUGCAUGUCUCCUUAUAAUACUCCAAUUCUCCCUGUAAAGAAACCAAACAGGUCCUAUCGCCUAGUACAUGACCUAAGGGAAAUAAAUAAGAGAACAAUAGCUAGAUUUCCGGUGGUAGCAAACCCUUAUACAUUAUUGAGUAAACUAAGCCCGGACAACCACUGGUAUAGUGUAAUAGACCUAAAGGAUGCCUUUUGGGCUUGUCCCUUGGAUGAGGCAAGUAGAGAUUACUUUGCCUUUGAAUGGGAAGAUCCAGAAACUGGAAGGAAACAACAACUCAGAUGGACAGUAUUACCCCAAGGAUUUACAGAAUCCCCGAACUUAUUUGGACAAGCCUUAGAACAAAUUCUAGAGAAUUACCAGACAGAUGCUGGAGUAACCCUGAUACAAUAUGUAGAUGAUUUAUUAUUAGCAGGAAAAGAAGAGGAAGAAGUAAGAAGAGAAAGUAUAAGGCUUUUAAAUUUCCUGGGACUUAAAGGUUUAAAGGUUUCAAGGGCUAAAUUACAGUUUGUGGAAGAAGAAGUAAAGUAUUUAGGGCACUAUUUGAGACGGGGUGAGAAAAGAAUAGACCCAGAAAGGGUACAGGCUAUUUUAUCAUUACCAAUACCCAAGAAUAAGAGACAAAUCAGGCAAAUCUUGGGUUUAACAGGGUACUGUAGACAGUGGAUUGAAAACUACAGUAGCAAGGCCAGAUUCUUGUAUCAAAAACUGACUCAGGAUGGAUUGAUGAAAUGGACUCAAGAGGAUACUGAAAAUUUGAAGGAACUGAAGGAAAGUUUAGUACAUGCCCCUGUUUUAAGCCUCCCUGAUUUAAAAAGAUCCUUUUAUUUAUUUGUCAAUAUAGAGGGAGGAGUUGCCUUCGGGGUACUUACCCAAGAAUGGGCAGACAAAAAGAAACCUGUAGCGUAUUUAUCAAAACUUUUGGACCCCGUAAGCAGGGGAUGGCCCACAUGUUUACAAAUAUUGGCUGGGUGCGCCUUACUAGUUGAAGAAGCUAAGAAAAUUACCUUCAACAGUAGCCUUAAGGUUUACUCUCCCCAUAAUAUCAGGAGUGUAAUGCAACAGAAAGCGGACAAAUGGAUAUCUGAUGCUAGGCUCCUAAAAUAUGAAGGGAUUUUACUAGAAGCACCAAAUUUUACCCUAGAAACAACUGCAAUUCAAAAUCCAGCUACCUUUUUGUUCGGGAGCAUAGAGCAAGAACCUUUAACACACAAUUGCUUGAUAACUAUUGAGGAACAAACCAAGAUCAGGCCUGAUCUGGAAGAAGAAGAAUUAGAUAAAGGAGAAAGGUUGUUUGUAGAUGGAUCCUCCCGGGUGAUAGAGGGGAAACGGCAAUCAGGGUACGCCAUCAUUGGGGGCAAAGGCUUACAAGUAGUGGAAUCAGGGGCCUUGGAUAAAUCUUGGUCAGCACAAGCCUGUGAACUGUACGCCAUCCUUCGGGCUUUAAAACUUUUAAAAGGAAAAGAGGGAACAAUAUAUACUGAUUCUAAAUAUGGGUUUGGGGUAGUACAUACCUUCGGAAAACUAUGGGAAGAAAGGGGACUAAUCAACUCACAAGGGAAGGGAUUAGUUCACCAGCAAUUGAUAGCUGGGGUAUUGCAAGCCCUGAGGGGGCCAAAAAGGAUAGCUGUAGUACAUCUGAAAGGCCACCAAACAGGAACAGACCUCAAGACUAGGGGUAAUAAUGCAGCAGAUCAGGAGGCAAAACGGGCAGCAGCAAGGGAAAUGGUUUUAAGGGAAAACUCAGGAGAGCAAGAUAGACAAAGGGCAAAUACGGAAUUAGUCUUCACCCCCGAAGAGGAGGAUAAGUUAAAAAAACUAGAAUUGUCCAAGAAUAAUGGGAAAUGGAUAACCCAGGAUGGGCGGGAAAUAUUACCCAAAGCAGUAGCCCAACGAAUUCUGUAUAAAUUACACCAAAGCACACACUGGGGAGCCCAAGGGUUAGCAGACCAUUUCGCAACUAAGUACAUGACUAUUGGGUUACACGACAUUGCUAAAUAUAUCACCAAGAGCUGUCCCACUUGUUUACGGGUUAAUCGAAGCAACUUGAGGAAACUACCUCCUGGAGGGCGGCCUUUAGCAAAAAGGCCAUUUUCGAAUAUACAAAUUGAUUUUACAGAACUACCUAAAGUGGGGCGAAUCAGAUACCUUUUGGUGAUAGUAGACCACCUUACACACUAUGUGGAGGCGUUCCCAACUACUAGAGAAACUGCCCAAACUGUAGUAAAAACCUUGCUAGAAGAAAUAGUACCAAGGUAUGGGGUACCUGAGACUAUAGAUUCAGAUAAAGGGCCACAUUUUACCUCAAAGGUAACACAAGAUUUGGCUAAUGCACUGGGAAUAAAAUGGGAACAACAUACCCCCUAUCAUCCUCAAAGCUCGGGACGGGUGGAGAGAAUGAACGGGGAAAUAAAAAAGCAAUUAACCAAAUUAGUAUUAGAGACCAAGUUGUCGUGGGUAAAAUGUAUACCGCUGUCCCUGCUGAAUGUUAGGACACAACCACGAGCAGAUAUGGGCCUAUCUCCUUUUGAAAUGUUGUAUGGGAUGCCUUAUAACCUAGAAAAGGUACAGUCAAAUCCCAAUAUAAGUGAUCAGAAUUUGAACCACUACCUAACUAUUUUGGCAAAGUACAGAAAAAGUUUGUGGGAAAAAGGAAUGUGGGCCCAGAGACCUCCUCUAAAUCUUGUAUUACACCAGGUUCAGCCAGGAGACUGGGUGUUAAUCAAGAGCUGGAAAGAAAACCCUUUAACCCCAAAGUGGGAAGGCCCAUAUCUCACCCUGCUUACCACAGACACUGCUGUACGGACAGCCGAAAGAGGGUGGACUCACGCCAGCAGAAUAAAAGGACCAGUGAACCCUUCCAACUUCCCUGAACAUCCACAGAACCCUCAGUGGAGAAUAAAAGGACCCCCAGACGGCCUAAAACUAACUCUCACUAAAACCCCAGAAAUGGGACAUCACCCUGAUGACUGAGCAAUGGGAAAGACUGGGACGGGCUGACCAAAGGAGAGUCCAACAGAAACUGUCAUUAAUUCUGCAGCCAUAUUUACUAAGUUUAGCACGCUUUAAUUCGGCAGCUCGAGAGGCCAUAACGAACCCCCCGGACAACUGGGUUUGGUGGAUUGAGACUUAUAAAUAUCAGGAAGAACCUUCGUUCCGACCCCUUAGACGCAGUCCAUGUUGUAAUUGCGGCAAGGAGUGCUGCGAAGCAUGGGUAGCGUUCAGGUGCGGGGGUUGCCAUAAAGUGUAUUGGACAGUACAAAGGGUAUUGAAUGAAUUGCGGUGUGGGCAAUGUCGGAGUAGAGACCUCAGAGAGGACGACUGGAGUCUUGCACUAGAGCAGGAAAAUAGAGUACCCUAUUCUCAAUUUAGGGCAGUUUAUGAAACCCCAGAACAAUUGUUAUUAGCCUGGGCUCGAUGGGAAGUCAAAGGAUGGCUGCGUAAGUGUUCAGAGAUAGCUCACUCUCUCAUAGUGAGUACUAAGUGUUUAUAUACGGUUCCCUCCCUGAGAACUUCAGUAAUAGGACCUAUCCCAGAGGGCAAGACUCCAGAGGACGCUUUAGCGGACCGGGUUGCGAAAUUAUACUUAUAGCUGAUAACUGUAAACUUAGUUGUAAGGAGAAGUGGUGGAUUCACUGCCAGAGGGGGAGGGGUUCCCCGAGGUGUACACCCACCCUGUUGGGAAUAAUAGAGGGAUCUAACCAACCGAGGUUUUGAAAUAUAAAGUAGCCACCUGGGAAUUAAGAAAGAGACCCCUUGCGUGGCGGAAAAUCUAUCCUAAAGAAAUGGAUCCAGAGCUUUACUGUUAUCACCCUAUCGAGCCCUUUAUUCUGCCUGCUGUCGAUAUUUUAGAGACCAAGUGCCAGAAAGAAAGUGGGAGAGAGGAGUUGAACCCAUCCCCGAGGAGAAUUCUUGCUGCCGAGAAGAUGAGUUACCCCGUAGCUCGGAGCAACCGAGUUGACGGGUUAGGCAGAGGAAUGAUCCAUGGGGAAGGGCGACUCUUACACGGCACCAGAAAUAAAGACCACAAUAUGACGAUGGCGAAACUGGGCGAGGGGAAUAACAGAGGGGAGAAGGCAAAGCAGAGAACUAAUAGAAUGAACCACUCUGGCAGUAGGUCCUUCCAUUUUUCCAGGUGGGGCUGGAACGUGUGGAUAAUGCUAAUGAUGUCUGGGGCAAAAGCCAGCGUGUCGCACGAGCCCUUUAAAUGGUCUCUAGUUAGAUGGGAAGAUCAGAAAGUAAUCAAGAACCUUACCCAGCCAGGAGCCCCGGCCUUUUGUGUUUACUUAACUGAAUUGCUCACCAUAUGGCCCGGAGAUGUUCCAACAAGCCCCCACAACCCCCAGAGACGAUAUAAAGCCUUUUACAUGUGUCCAGCCUCGAAUCCCGGGAAGUCUUAUUGUAAUUACCCUGGAUAUAAUUAUUGUGCAUAUUGGGGAUGUGAGACUAUAGCACUGGGAUUCUCCCCCGGAGGAGGGCCGGAUAGAUACUUAAGGGUGAACCGUGGGCCCCCAGGAUGUCAGGACCCACGUUAUGGGUAUGAUGGGAUAAUACAGGGAGGAAACUCGCAGUGGUGCCAGUACAUAUGUUUAAAUGUAACACAACCUGAAGAUUCUAGUUGGUUCAUGGGGAGAACAUGGGGUCUACAACUCUGGGAACCAGGAAGGGAUAGAGGAGGGAUGAUUUUGAUAAAGAAGGAGGCAGCACCAGUAGAUAGUCGAGCGGUGGGGCCUAAUAGCUUAAUAACUGGAGGAAUACAGAAUGCAAACACCUCCGAGGUAGAAAAUUCCACCGCGGGAUCAAGUGAGUGGCCACUAACUGACCAAAUCACCCAAGAGCAUAGCAUGUUAUGGAAAGUAAUGCAAGCAGCAUUUGGAGUUUUAAACCAUACAAACCCAAAUUUGACAAAGGAAUGUUGGUUGUGCUUUGCUGUUGCUCCUCCCUUCUACGAGGCUAUAGGUACUACAGCAGAGCUUCGCAGAAUUAAUGGAUCUAAUCCACGAGAAUGUUAUUGGAAAAAGGGAACAGAUAGAACUCCAGGUAUAUCAGUAGCUCAAGUAACAGGGAAAGGGAAAUGUAUAGGGAAGAUCCCCAAGGACAAACAACAUUUGUGUAACAUCAUAGCAGACACCGGAAAAGGAAAAGGACAACCCGCUCAAUGGCUCCUCCCGGCAGAGAAUGCCAAAUGGGUGUGUAAUACUUUGGGAAUAACUCCAUGCAUAUCCAUACCUCAUUUUAACGAAUCUUCCGAGUACUGCAUACAGGCGGUGAUACUCCCCCGGGUUAUAUAUCACCCAAAGGAGUACGUAUACGAACAUCAGACCGUGUCCGAAUAUCAUUUGAUGAAAAGGGAGCCCUUCACAGCCUCAGCUCUCACGUUAGCUAUAUUGCUAGGGAUAGGAGGAGCAGGAGUAGGAACAGGGGCAGCCGCUCUAGUAAACCAGCAGAAGGGAAUGAGGGACCUAAGAGUGUCAGUAGACGAGGAUUUAAGUAGAAUUGAAAAGGCCAUAGAUGGACUAGUAAAAUCAGUAAGAUCAUUAUCAGAAGUAGUGCUCCAGAAUAGACGAGGGUUAGACUUACUGUUUUUGCAACAAGGAGGGCUGUGUGUAGCAUUACGAGAGGAAUGUUGCAUGUAUGCAGAUCACACUGGAAUAGUAAUAGAUACCAUGGCCGAGCUCAGGAAGCAAUUGGAAAAACGUAAAAAGGAAAGGGAAGCACAGCAAAACUGGUAUGAAUCAUGGUUCAACCACUCUCCUUGGCUCACAACACUCUUGUCCACUAUAGCAGGACCCCUAAUAUUAUUCAUCUUAACAUUGACCUUUGGGCCCUGUAUUUUCAACAAACUAAUUAACAUAGUAAAAGGAAGAUUAGAGGCUGCCCAUCUCAUGCUCAUUAGGGCGAAAUAUGAACCUUUGAAUGGAGGGGAGACAGAGGAUUACCUGGAACUCAGCAGAAGGGAGCUUGCCAGAUUCAGUGAACAAAAAGAGUAAAAUAGAAGAAGGGGGGAUUGUGAUGGGAAUAUGACCUUUUUGUUCACUAAAAACAGGAGGGAAUAUAUUGUAAAUAAGUAACUGUCAGUUGGAAUGUGAUGACUGUGAGGGGAACAUGACCUUGUUGUUCACUAGAAACCGGGGGGGAAUAUAGUGUAAAUAAGUAACUGCCAGUUAGAAUGUGAUAACUAGCUUACGAACUUGAGAAACCGCAAAAGACAAACACUGCCGAGCUAAUCAACCACAAGUUGUUCCAAGUCUUAGGCUCAAGGACUUCAUCAGCGACCACCAGAAGGCAGGAGAAGACCCCCUGGCAGCAAAGCGAACAUGCGCGGAGAGAGACACCGGAAGGAGGAAGAAUGGGGGCAUAAAAGGAGAACGGGACAACCCUCGGCGCGGUAGUUGGUGGAGCGAGGACUCCCCUGCCGCCCAGCGCUGCAUUUUGCUUUUUCUUUUCUGUAAUAAUAA